GCCACCUUCUAGUAUAUCGUGGGAGCAGGACCACGAGAUGACGAGGGCUCACGAACAUUCUAUUCAGAAUUUUUGGCCUGGAACAAGUAGAACAUCAACGGUAAACAGAAUUUCUUUAGUUGCUUCCUCCUCCGCCGCCGACUACCCGAAAAAUCAAUUGUACCACCACCAUCAGCACCGCGCCACUUGCGUACCAGGGUCAGAAAAUAAUCCGCGGAGAAGCAGUAAAACCGCGAACAACUACCGCAGGAAUCAGUACAACGGUCAUGAAGGAAGCCAAAAAUGUUUUAACGUCGCAAAAGCCACAGUUGGUCUUUCUGGUUUCGAGAGAAGAGAGCUGAUCGCGAUGAAAAACGUACUGGAAUCCUGCUUCUGGCACGUGUGGUCCUU